AUGACAAGAAGCCGGUCGCAGGCCAAUGUAUCCACGUCUGAGGAUUUGAGUGUUGGCGAACGGAAAAGUGAUGCAACGCUGAAGAACAGCAGGCCGAACAGUAUGGUGGAACCGCCAACAAAGGAUAUCAAGUCGCCGGUUGCUGCACCGCCACCAAAGUCUAACGAUUGCGGCAGUUUAGACGGUUUUACAGACAGUGAGGAG